CUCGCGCCCUGGUGACAGCUCGCGCGUGCUGAUGAUGGCGAUUCUUUGGAUGGGAAGAGACCUUGAAAGGACCUCUAGUUUAUCCUGCAACUUCAGUCAAUAUCCCACUUAAAUCAUCCCAGGUAAUAGAGAAAAGGAAACCUAACCAAUGACUGUGGAAUAAUAUGGAAGAAAAUGGAAGGAACUUGUUUAAUGGGUUGAAAGAGUGGAGACUUCUAUAAGACAUGGAUAGAUGCAAACAUGUAGGGCGGUUGCGGCUCGCCCAGGACCAUUCCAUCCUGAACCCUCAGAAGUGGUGCUGCCGGGAGUGCGCCACCACCGAGUCCGUGUGGGCUUGUCUCAAGUGCUCGCACGUGGCCUGUGGCCGCUACAUCGAGGAUCACGCCCUCAAACACUUCGAAGAGACCGGACACCCGCUAGCCAUGGAGGUCCGGGAUCUCUACGUGUUCUGCUACCUGUGUAAGGACUACGUGCUCAACGACAACCCGGAGGGGGACCUGAAGCUGCUGAGAAGCUCCCUCUUGGCGGUCAGGGGCCAGACGCAGGACCUGCCGCUGAGGCGCGGGCGGACGCUGCGGUCCAUGGCCUCGGGCGAGGACGCCGUCCCGCCGCAGCGCGCCCCUCAGGGACAGCCGCAGAUGCUCACGGCUCUGUGGUACCGGCGCCAGCGCCUGCUGGCCAGGACGCUGCGGCUCUGGUUCGAGAAGAGCUCGCGGGGCCAGGCCAAGCUGGAGCAGCGACGGCGGGAGGAGGCGCUGGAGCGCAAGAAGGAGGCGGCGCGGCAGCGGCGACGCGAGGUGAAGCGGCGGCUGCUGGAGGAGCUGGCCAGCGCCCCUCCGCGCAAGAGCGCGCGCCUGCUGCUGCACGCGCCCCGCGCCGCCGCCCCGCGCGCACCCGCCCCGCGCGCACCUGCCGGGCCCCGCCCCGUCCCGCGCCGCGCGCCCGCCAUGGCCCCGGGCGUCACGGGCCUGCGCAACCUGGGUAACACCUGCUACAUGAACUCCAUACUGCAGGUGCUCAGCCACCUGCGCAAGUUCCGCGAGUGCUUCCUGAACCUCGACCCGUCCAAGACGGAACAGCUGUUUCCCAGGGCGGCCAACGGCAAGGCCCCGCUCACAGGCAGACUGGCCAGCAGCUCGGCCACCGAGCUGUCGCCCAGGAGCGACGGGGCCGAGACCUGCGAACGCGAAGGCCUCUGCUUGAACGGUGGGGCCUCCCUAAGCAGGAGCCUCGAACUCAUUCAGAACAAGGAGCCCAGCUCGAAGCACAUCUCCCUCUGCCACGAACUGCACACCCUCUUCCGCGUCAUGUGGUCCGGGAAGUGGGCCCUGGUGUCGCCCUUCGCCAUGCUUCACUCCGUGUGGAGCCUGAUCCCCGCCUUCAGAGGCUACGACCAGCAGGAUGCGCAGGAGUUUCUUUGUGAGCUGUUGCACAAAGUGCAGCAGGAACUCGAGUCCGAGGGCACCACACGCCGGAUCCUCAUCCCCUUCUCCCAGAGGAAGCUCACCAAGCAGGUCUUAAAGGUGGUGAACACCAUAUUUCACGGGCAGCUACUCAGUCAGGUCACAUGUAUAUCAUGCAAUUACAAAUCCAAUACCAUUGAACCCUUUUGGGAUCUGUCCCUGGAAUUCCCUGAGCGCUAUCACUGCAUUGAAAAGGGGUUUGUCCCUUUGAAUCAGACAGAGUGCCUGCUCACUGAGAUGCUGGCCAAGUUCACAGAGACAGAGGCCCUGGAAGGGAGAAUCUACGCUUGUGACCAGUGUAACAGCAAACGACGAAAAUCCAAUCCAAAACCCCUUGUUCUGAGUGAAGCUAGAAAGCAGUUAAUGAUCUACAGACUACCUCAGGUCCUCCGGCUGCACCUUAAAAGAUUCAGGUGGUCUGGCCGUAAUCACCGAGAGAAGAUUGGGGUCCAUGUCGUCUUUGACCAGGUAUUAACCAUGGAACCUUACUGCUGCAGGGACAUGCUCUCCUCUCUUGACAAAGAGACCUUUGCCUAUGAUCUCUCCGCGGUGGUCAUGCAUCACGGGAAAGGGUUUGGCUCAGGACACUACACAGCCUAUUGCUACAACACAGAGGGAGGUUUUUGGGUCCACUGCAAUGACUCAAAGCUGAAUGUAUGCAGUGUCGAGGAAGUGUGCAAAACUCAAGCCUACAUCCUUUUUUACACUCAAAGAACAGUUCAGGGCAAUGCAAGAUUCUCAGAAACCCAACUCCAAACUCAGGUGCAGUCCAGCAACAACAAUGAGGGCAGACCACGGACCUUCCCCUGAAUGGGAGGCAUGUAUCAAGGACUGGCUUGCUUUUAAACUACUGGUGUCUGUACAUCCUUCCUCUUAUAGGAAAUAAGGUUUACUGCAGGAACAGAUACACUCGGUUUGCCUCACUGGGUCUAGAGCGCAGGUGCCAAGUGACUCAUGUCCUAUCAUAAAAUUUGUCGUCACUUUCUUUUAAAUGGGUUUAGAAAUUCCCUCCUUUGAGAAAACAAAUCAAAAGGAGUAACUUCUAUGAAGACUCAUCAGUUGCUUUUGAAUAUAGAGGGAUCUGGGUGGAGGAAAGAGGGAGUAAACUGGUCUUAUCCAGCCUUAUUUUUGUUUUGUUUUGUUUUGUUUUCUUCUCCUAUGUGAUUCCCUUGCUCAUCAGGACUCCUUGCAGCACCAGAAGCCUCCUGAUGUGAGCAGCCCUUGACAGAGCACAUCAGGAGGGGCCCUGGGUCAGCAACUUGCUGGAUAGGAUUGGUUCCAAGGGGGGAGGCAAAAUCUAAGGAUUUGCUCCUACAAAGAAAGAGUUGAAAACACAGACUUCCUUUUUUAAGGGGCUGGCAGCUGAAGAGUGGAAUGAGAUGCAUGGAACAAAUUUCUCCAUGCAAAAUGAGGUUUCUCCUGUGUCACACCCUCCCUGGCUGCUGCUAUCAUUUAACCUUUCCACAUCCUCUGAGACUGGCAUGGCUGUCCCUUCAUUCUAAAGAAGGAGCAGUCCACGUGGGAAGCAUGACAACUCUCUGGUAUGGUGAGGUGAAGGGCCCUCCUGCCUCCCCAGUUCUGUAGUAGAUCCCUGGUUCAGGUCGAGGGCAUGCACAUAGUUUGGUUUAAGGUGACUUUAGGUCAGUUCUGGAGCUUUCUCUGAACUCGGUUGGGGGUGCGGAGUGGGGGUAGCUGGUUGUCCAGGAUUUAUCUAAAUGCCUGUUACCUGUGCUUACCUUGGUGCAGCAUGCAGCUUUAUUUCUUGCCCCUGGAGGGCCAGACCAUUCCUGUUCACAAGGUGUGGGAGACUUUGCUUUUCUAAGGCUUUCAGGAAUCUGCCUCCUAUGUCCGAACAGUUUAUUGCUGAUGGCCCUGGCCUGUUUCCUCCCACAUCUGCUAAUCCCUACUGCUUCUUUACCCCACCCUCACUCAGUCCAUCACAGAGAAAAGCAAGAGUGCCCUAUCUUCAACUCCAGAGCUAGUGAAAUAUUUGUCUUUUUAAACUGGGUCAGUUUCUAAGUGGCAUGAAAACUGCCCAGAUGGAAACCCUCUGUCCCAUCAGGCACCAUUGAAUUUCCUUCUCAAUCCUUCGCUUAGAUUCUCUAGUAAAAGUGAAAGCAAACCAUAACUCUCACUGUGGGAAUGCUGCAGCCCGCCUCGGCCUGUCACUCUGAAUGCUCAUCUUUUGACUGAGUGUGUCAUAGUCAUAUUUCAAUUCAGGUAGAAGUACACUUUGCCACCUGAAGAGAAUACAUGUGAAGGGAGCUUGGGGAGGGGUGGGAAGUUGGGAAAAGAGAGGCUGAAGAAUGAGGGUCGUAGCUUUGGCGACAUUGAGGGACUACAUUUCCCAAGCAGAUCUGUAGCAUUUGCUGUUGACCUCUUUUGAGAUGAAUUCUCCCAUAGGACCUGCCAGACAGCACUGAGACUUGGAGGAAUCAGACAGAAAAUGGCUCACCCUGAUAAGGAAGGGGAGUAACUAUAUUUUAAAUUAAACUUGCUUUUUCCAACA